UCAAAUUAAAUACUUUAAAACUGCAAAGAGAAAAUACAUAUAUCAUCCAGAUCAAAUCAAAAAAUAUAGUACCCUCAAAAAUGAUCAGAUCGGAUGAUCUGUUCCUGUUUUUAAUGAUUUCAAGUUUUUAUUCAUUGUUUUCCGGAUUACAAAACCAGCAAGAGGACUGUGGAUAUUUAGAACGAAAAAACGAGCUGUGCUUUCAAACUCAAUGCCGUGAAGAGAAAUAUACUGAAUCGGUUUUCGAAAUCGACCACGACAACUGGGAGCAACUCCUUUACGGAAAGUGGCUGGUGGUAUUUUGUUUACCCCUCCGCCCGGAUUGCAGGGAUCUGGAAGGUGUCUUCUACAAACUGGCUGAUUCUUCACAGAGAUUUCAAGACGUAAACCUGGCCUUUGGGGAUCUUUCGAAACACAACAUACUGAUCCGGCGUUUCUCCAUAUCCGUAUUGCCAGCCAUCUUUCACAUUAAAGAGGGAGAGUUCCGGCUUUUGGAUCCUUACCAGGAUAAAAACACAUUGGCGGCUAUACUGAUUAAUUUUGAUUGGGUGGACGUUGGGCUUGUUGCGUUUUGGGACAAUCCAAUGUCCAUUUUCGUGGAGCUUUCCGUUUUGGCCUACAAGAUGGCUGAGGAUUUUCGGGAAAUGGACGUUUUUGGCCAGAACUUCAACUGUGCAGCAUGGCUUAUGAAGUUUAUCCUGGGCUCUCUAGUAAUCUCCCUUUUAUGGCUGAUUAUUCUACUUAUAGAGUACGUCAAGAAAAAACAACAAGCUCUAGUAUGGUCGGACUCUAGUAUCACAAAAGCUCCAGUAUGGUCGGAUAGUGAGUUAUACGAUCGUUAUCUGUAUGACUAUUCGAAUGAAUACUUCACUCGUCUCUUUGAAGAAUGCCAUGGCGAUCAUAGCUCGGUUGAAGAUCCGACUAACAGAGUCAUAACAGUUGCCAGUCCUUCUGAUGAAGACUUUCCGGAUGAAGAACUCUCAGUUGGAAGUGUAAUUGUAGAGCCGUCGUGUGAUAAAUUAUCCUUUGGGUGGGAUGACAAACUUGAACCUACAACUAAAGAAUGCUUUACUCAAACAUUAAUUCGGGACUGUAAUUAUGAAUAUUAUGGGAGUUUGAAUCGAAACAUUAGAAUAGAUUUAGAUCUUUAUAGUUCGACAGGGGAUAUCACGGAUGACGAACUUUCGAAUCAUAAAAACUAUGCAAAUUCAAGUGAUGAGGUUGUGGAGGAAGAAAGGCUGUUUAACUUUUCUAGAAAUGAUAGUGACUUUUAUGAAUACUCAUGGGAAAGCUCCGAAGAAGAGAAGGAAAACUUGUGCUCUAGAUGCCUUUCAAUAUUAAACUUUGACUAUAAAACCUAUGUAGCUAUUGAUGAUUGGAAAGAUGAAACCGAAAUAGAAGUGGAGCUAUUUAGGAGGGCUUUAGAUGCAUAUGACAUGGACAGUGAGAGCUUCAGCUCAUGCUCAAGUGAGGAUGGCUAUAGCUUGGAGUCACACAGCUAUUUGGAUUACCUGAACUUAAGCUCAAGCUCAAGUGAUGUCUCUAGCUUAGAACCCCUCGAGGAUAAGGAAGAUGAGCUAUCCGGAAUGCCUUUAAAGUCGUGUGGCUCUGAGAACAGGAGCUUAGUACGUGUCAAGGAUAUAGAUGAUCAACAAGUUGGACAACCUGACUCGGAGGAGAAUAACUAUGAUGAAAGCAGUUCAGGAGAUAGCACAAUAAAAGGAUCAUCGGAUGAAAACUCUGAGGAGGGCAACCAGACCUUUGGAUUUUUGGAAAUAUUCGAUGAUGGGAAGUAUUACAGGUACAGUACCAAUAGGAACCCGGUAUGCUACAGAGUGGAUGGCAUGGAUUGUAAUUAUACCAAGUUCGAUCGAAGUGACUUGAUACAUUAUGAUAUAGACACCGUAUUCGUGGAUCCUCCGAAACACUUAACCAAAAGUCGAAAAAAGUGCCAAGAUGAUGUUGUACUCCGGAAAACCUGUGUUGGCCUAACCAUGAUGGGAUGAAUCAAUUAUGUGAUUUAAAUUAUUUUGUAUCCGUAUUUGAAAACGAUUAAUAAAGGUUAAAUUUUUUUAAAU